AUGAUGUACCUCGCCCCAAAAAUUGCUGCUCUUUCCCUUUUGGCCAUUGUCAACGCUAUCGCUCCUGUGGUAUCGGACUCUCCUACUGAUGUCACUUACGAGGCCACUUUCAAAAAGACUAUUCUGGGCUCGGUUGCUUUCUCCUCCACCAAUGGUUCCGUCUUAGUAGAAGUGGACCUCUCCGGCUUGCCUGAAACCGGGGGCCCUUUCUUGUACCACAUCCAUGCCUUGCCAGUGCCAGCCAACGGAAGUUGUCUUGGGACGGCUGGACACUUCAACCCAUUCCUGGGUAGUGCCAAUGCAACAAUUUGGGACGAGAUGGAAUUGGGAGAUCUUUCUGGAAAGCAUGGAGAAAUUACCGGAACAUCAAUUCUGACCUCCUACAUCGACCCUUACCUUUCGUUGAACCCCGACAGUAAGUCCUACUUCGGUGGGUUGUCGGUGGUGGUGCACUACCAUAAUACCACGAGAUUGGCCUGCGCCAAUAUCACCGAAGAGGCUACUUCGUCAAGCUCUUCCAGUGCAAAUUCUACAACUGUUUCUAGUUCUAGUACCAAUGGAGCCGCAUACAUUGGCGCUGGUGUAGCUCCUUUGGUUGCUGGUGCUGUCGCCUUGAUUAUUUAA